AUGGCGACGCAAUCCUCCAUCCCCGCCAUUAUACGGCACCCAUUCGUCGAGACCUUUACCUGGUUCUAUCUAAUUCUUCAGGCAGUUCUGAGAUACAUUUUCUCCCCUGUUCCCCCUCCUCCAACGACAGGCGAUAAAAAGGAUGUGCCCAAAAGGAAGGUCGCUGUGAUUGGCGCCGGUGUGACGGGAAUCUCUUCGGCGGCCCAUUGUGUUGGUCAUGGCCUUGAUGUGCAGAUCUUUGAGUCUAGGCCUCAAGACCAGGGUCUUGGUGGAAUCUGGAGUAGAGUCAAUUCCACCUCCGCACUUCAGGUGCACAGUCUGAUGUACCGGUUCCAUCCCUCCGUCCACUACGACAGUGCCUACCCAAGUCAGAAGCAGAUCAAAGACCAGAUUGUUCAACUCUGGAAGCGCUACGAUCUCGAGAGGCGCACCGUGUUCGACACUCCUGUCACCUCCGUCAAAAAGACCAAGGAUGGCCAGUGGAUUAUCAACAACAACGAAGAAGAGUACGGUCGCUUCGAUGGAGUUCUCACUGCCAUUGGUGUCUGCGGGGAUCCGAAGAUGCCAACGCUCCCCGACCAAGAUAAUUUCAAGGGCCAGAUCUUUCACUCCUCCAAACUCGAUGGGAAAGAUGCCAAGGGCAAGAAGAUUGUCAUUGUUGGCAGCGGUGCCAGUGCCAUUGAAGCUCUCGAGUUUGCCGUCAAGGCAGGCGCAAGUGAAAUUGAUGUUCUGUCCCGAUCAGAGAAAUGGAUCAUUCCUCGAAACAUAUUGGUGCAAUCCUUGUUAGCGUUCAACAUCUUCGGACAGGAGACAUCGCUUUCCUGGAUUCCCGAGUGGCUCCUACGAAAGUUCUUCUACCGGGACCUACAAGACAUUGCCCCCACCGACGAUGGAAUCUUCACACAGACCCCGAUGGCCAAUUCAGAGCUCUUUAACCAGAUCCGAGAGGGCAAAGCGCGCUGGCUGCGUGGUGAUAUUGUCUCUCUGGAGGAAGAGGGGAUCCUUUUCAACCACCGCGCGAAGGGAGUUCCCAAAGGAGGACCUGGAAAAGAAGCUCUGGUUGAAGCGGACAUUAUCGUCAUGGCUACUGGAUUUAAGAGACCUUCUCUGACUUUCCUGCCCGAUGAAGUCUUCGAAGAACCCUACGGACCACCCAACUGGUAUCUGCAAGUCUUCCCGCCGAAGUACCCAGACGUCUGUGCCAAUAACAGCACCUAUGUCAAUGCCAUUGGCACUGUUGGAAACAUGCACAUUGGCAUAUACACUCGAUUCCUGAUCAUGUUCUUGACUGAUCCCCUGACGCGCCCUACGGAAGGAUGGAUGAAAACCUGGAUUGAUUUCACCCGGUUCAUGAAGCGACUGGCACCGACGAAUGCAUUUGACUUCUUUACCUAUUCAGAGCUGAUCUAUUGGUACUUCUUCGUGCUCCUCGUCAAUCCGUUCCGGUGGAAGUGGGCCCUGUUUGUUUUCUUUGGCCUGGGUCGCUCGUUGCCCUUGAUGGUCGUCGAUCAAGAGAAUUCGUUCCGCCAGGAGCUGCUCAAGCAACGGAAGCUGAAUUAA